AUGCGGUCCUCGCGUUACAUUCCGGGAGCCCUGCUCUGUCUCGCCCCCCUUUGCGCGGCUGCUCCCGCCGAGUCAUUCAGGGUGCCCAGACAUGCCACCGUCAUUGACGAACGAGCCGUUUCCUCCAACUACACCUUCAUCAUCGCCGGCGGCGGCAUCGCGGGACUCACGCUCGCGGACCGCCUGACGGAGGAUCCUAACGUGAGCGUGCUAGUCAUCGAGGCCGGCCCCUUGGACCAAGGCCAGGAUGGCAUCCUCGUGCCCGGGGCCUAUGCGCCGUACCUCUACUUCUGGCCUGGUCUUACCAGCGUCCCCCAGCAAGGUCUCAACAACAGGGCCGUCACGGCCAUUGCCGCCCAGGUGGUGGGGGGCGGCAGCACCAUCAACGCCAUGGUGUACCUGAGGGGUGAUGCGGAUGAUUAUGAUUCCUGGGGUGCGCUCGGGAAUUCUGGCUGGAGCUGGAACAACAUGUUGCCUUACUUCAAGAAGGCCGAAACUUUCACCCCACCAGACGCUGCACUCGCCGCUGCAGGGAACAUCUCGUGGGAUGACUCGGUCCGAGGAAACUCUGGGCCGGUGCAAUACUCCUACCCUAACUAUUUUUAUCCGGGAAGCGCAAACUGGUGGAACGCCGCCGGCGAGGUCGGACUCCCUCCGGCCAAGGAUCCUCUCUCCGGAAACAAGCAGGGCGUUUUCUGGAUCCCCUCGGCUCUAGAAGCCAGCACGAAGACCAGGUAUCACGCGAGGCGGAGCCAUUACGACAGAGUCAAGGACACGCGGCCCAACUAUCACCUUCUCACCUCCAACUUGGUGGCCAGAGUAUUGUUCAAGGGCAAGAAAGCCAUCGGCGUGAGCUAUUUGCCAACAACAGCCGAUAGCACGGCCUCCCCCUCAACGGCAUACGCAACCAACGAAGUCAUCCUGACUGCUGGAGGUUUCGGCACCCCCAAGAUUCUCCAGCUAUCCGGAAUCGGCCCCAAGAAGCUACUCAAAAAGUUCAAUAUCCCUCUCAUCCAGGACCUUCCCGGUGUUGGCCAAAACCUGCAAGACCAGCCUACUCUAUCUAUACCGUAUACCUGCAAGCCAACCCAUCCCUUCCCCAACUACGGCUCUCUUCUCACAAAUGCCACGUUCAACGCCGAGCAGCGAGCCCUGUACGACGCGUCUCUACCGAGCGCGUACACCCUCGUUAGCACCCUAAGCAGCAACAUCGGCACGGUCUCCCUACAGCGAGCGACAUCGUCCUACCAGCAGAUCAUCGCCGCAGCCAAAGCCCGCAACCCAGCUGACUCGCUCCCCGCGGACGUCGACGUUACCGUGCUGAAGGGCUACAAGGCUCAGCGCGAGGCGCUCCUGAAGCAGUUCGCCAACGCCAACGUCGGGGUCGGGACCGUCCACUGGGGCACCGCCGACGCCGCCCUGGUAUACCACCUCAAGCCCCUCAGCCGCGGCACGGUCACCAUCAACUCGACCGACCCGCUCGCCAACCCGCUCAUCGAUUUCCGCACCGCCACCGACCCGACCGAUCUGCAGGUGUACACGGCGCUGUUCCGCAAGAACCGCGAGCUGUUCGCGGCGCCCUCCAUGCAAGCCCUCGGCCCGACGGAGGCGGCCCCCUUUGGCGCCGGGGUGACCACGGACGAGCAGAUCGCGGCGGUCAUGCGGGAUCUGAUCAACCCGUCCAAUGCUCACCAGUGCUGCACGGCCGCGAUGAUGCCUAGGGAGCUGGGUGGGGUUGUCUCGAGCGAGCAGAAGGUGUACGGCGUCCACGGGCUUCGUGUCGCCGAUAUCAGCGUCUGGCCAUUCCAGCUCUCGGGCGCUCCCAUGGGCACGAUAUAUGCGUCAGCGGAGAGGCUGGCCGACAUCAUCAAGAAGGAAUACUGUCUAGCUGGCGCUUGCUGA